AUGGCGACACAGAGAUAUUGUAUAAGACUGCUAGCGGGAAAUGUCCUACCUGCAGUCGUCACAGCACGAGGCAAGAAACGGCGGUUGUCACACGAGGUAUUACAUCACUCUGUACCUUAUGUCAGUGCGACUAUAUAUCACUGUUUACCUGACGUCCUGGUGGAUGUCUGUCAAGGCAGACAUGUGGAUAA